AUGCCUCUGGGAAAACCUGCCCCCUUAAACAAGCGGAAAAAGCUCACCAAGAUUGUAACUGACUUAUCACAUGUCCUUCAGGAUGAAUAUGAGUCGGAGCCAGAGGCAUCAGAGUUCGACCUGGGAACAAAGAUUAGGACUCCCAAAGACAUCAUGCUGGAGGAGCUUUCCCUGAUGAAGAACAAAGGCUCCAAGAUGUUCAGGAUGAGGCAGCAGAGAGUGGAGAGGUUCAUCUACGAGAACAACCCAGACGUCUUCAGCAGUGAGUCUAUGGACAACCUCCAGAAGUUUGUUCCCUCUCUGGGAGGUCAGAUUGGAGGGGACAUGAUAAAUGUUGGUGGGCAUUAUGUCAGCAAACAGGCUGGACAGCUGCAUUUUAUAGGGCUAGGCCCAGGAGGGGCCCCUGUGCCUCCUCCGAAGCCUGGAAGCAAAGGUGCAGGAGGAGCAGGAGGUGCAGGAGGAGCAGGAGGUGCAGGAGGACUGGCUGGGGGUGACCAUGGGAAAGGUGGAAUAGGAGAAGGAACUAGUGAGUGGUCCCCAUUAAAAGGAGGUAAAAAGGAUGAUGCAUCUAAGAAGGUUCUUCUGAAGACAUAUGUGUCACCAUGGGAGAAGGCUAUGAAGGGUGAUGAAAAACUGAUAGCCACCCUGAAAACUGGAAUGCCCGGUCCCAUUGAUAAAAUCGAUUUGCGCAAGUACAAAAGCUUCAACAGGUGUGCCAUGCCCUUUGGCGGCUUUGAGAAGGCCAACCAGUUCAUGAAAUUCCAGCUGCCAGAAGCCGAGGCCAAACAGGAGCCUGAACCCGCAGUUGUGUACCAACAAGACAUCGGCUGCCGGCCUUCCUUCAACCGCACUCCUAUUGGCUGGGUGGGCAGUGGUGAGCCCGGCACCAUUCAUAUGGAGACAGAUGCUGUGCCCUUCGAUGGAGAGACCGAUGAGCUGUGA